CGAAGAGAUCAGUCGUUAUCUUGGCAUUUGAACAGAUUCGUCACAGUCAGCCUUUGUUCACAGUGUCGUGUCAUCAUGAGCAAGAGGAAGGGUGGAGGUGACAGUGGCCAGUUUCCUGUGCAGCCUCAGAAAAGAAGAAAUUCCACUGCAAGUCAAGACGGAGAUGGAGAAAGGAAGCAUGAUGACAUCAUUUGUGUAGGGGAAACAGCUGACAUGGAGCCCACCAUUAUGGAGACUGGACCUUCACAGCCCACCAUUACGGCUCAUACUGGACCUUCACAGCCCACCAUUACGGCUCAUACUGGACCUUCACAGCCCACCAUUACGGCUCAUACGGGUGGAGCUGCAGUGGUACCGCAACUUCAUUCUUGCAGCAUAGGAACAGUCAACAUCAACGUCAGCACAUCAUCAGCUCCUGUGGUGAAAUCAGAGAGCAACGAUGUUCAGCAGCCUUCCACCAGCAGCACAACUACGGACACAGAUAUCAAAACACUAUCUGCAAAACAGAAAUCAAAACUGAAGAAGAAUUUUCAGAAGAUUAUUGAAGGCAUCACAAAGAAAGGAACUCCAACUUUGCUCAAUGAUAUUUACACAAAGCUUUACAUCAUUCAGGGUGAGAGAGAGGGGAUAAACCAGGAACAUGAGGUUUUGGACCUUGACAGUGUGUCCAAAUCACAAACAUCCGAAGACAUUUCAAUCAACCUCAAUGAUAUUUUCAAAUCUUUACCUGGAGAAAAUGAAGAUUUUCGAAUUGUCCUAACUAAAGGAAUUGCUGGUAUUGGGAAAACCGUUUCAGUGCACAAAUUUCUUCUUGACUGGGCAGAAGAGAAAGCCAACCAGGAUGUGGACCUCAUGAUUGUGCUUCCCUUUAGAGAUCUGAACACAAUGAUUGAAGAUGAUGAAGGGUACAGUCUUCAAGAGCUACUGGAAGAGUUCUGUUCUGAACUUAAGGAUGUCAAAGACCCAAAGACCUAUGAGAACUGCAGCAUUUUGUUCAUCUUUGAUGGUCUGGAUGAAAGUCGUCUUCCUCUUGACUUCCAUAAAAACAAGAGGGUGUCUAAGGUCACAAAGAAGUGUUCAGUGGAUGCGCUGAUUACAAAUCUCAUACAAUCUGAUCGUCUUUUGCCAUCUGCACGUAUUUGGAUAACUUCUCGACCGGCAGCACUCCACAAAGUCAGCGACUGGACACAAACAACACAUCGUUUGACUGAGAUUCAAGGAUUCAGUGACCCACAGAAGGAGGAGUAUUUCAGGAAGAAAAUCCUUGAUGAGAAUUUGGCCGACAGGGUCAUAUCCCAUAUCAAAACAUCAAGAAGCUUCUACAUCAUGUGUCACAUUCCAGUCUUCUGUUGGAUUUCAGCGAUGGUGUUUUCUAUUCCUGAGAUCUUGGACACUGCUCGCGAAAACAUCCCUACCUCAUUGACUUCAAUGUACACCCGAUUUCUUCUUCAUCAGAUGCAGAAGAGGGAUGAGAAGUACUACGGCGAACACAAAACAAUGCCACUGUCAGAGACAGACAUGAAGAUAAUCCUCAAAUUGGGUAAGCUCGCCUUUGCAAAUUUGGAGAAACAAAAUCUAGUAUUUUCUGAGAGUGACCUGAGCGAGCAUGACAUCAAUGUCACUGAUGUGUCUAUACAAUCAGGGGUCUUUACUGAAGUAGUUAAAGAGGAGGAUCCCACUAUCAGAGAGAAGUGGUACAGUUUUAUCCAUCUCACCAUACAAGAGUAUCUUGCAGCGUUUUAUGUGUUCUAUUCAUUUGCAUCGGAAGGAUCUUUCGAAUUUCCAAUAAAAGAAACAACACGACCAAAUUCCCAAGUCAUGUAUGACUAUGCCACUGAUUGGUGGGUUGAAAAGACGGACACGGACGAUGAGGAUGAAGAUUAUAACUCCGAUGAGGAAGUCGCAUGCAUGGAUGACGAUGAAUGUGAUAUUAUACAUUUUGUUCAGGAGGUGAACACUCUGCAUGAUUUACACAAGGCUGCAAUUGGCAAGGCUCUUAACAGCAGCAAUGGGCAUCUGGAUCUUUUUGUCAGAUUCCUUCUUGGGCUUUCUGUGGAGGAGAGUCUGUGGAGACAUUUCAAGCUACAAACAACCAGAGAUCAAAAGAGCAUUGAGAAAACAAGUCAGUUCAUUAAAACCAAGCUCAAAGAGGAGGACAAGGAGGAGGAUGACGAGGAGGAGGAGGAGGAAGAGGAAAAGAGAAAGCCCUUAUCACCAGAACGUUGCAUUAAUCUUUUUCACAGCCUCACUGAACUGAAAGACGAUUCGCUGGUGAAAGAAAUUCAGUGGUUCAUGACCUCCAGGUAUCAUCAGAAGUUGAGUGCUGCUCAGUGCACAGCUCUGGCCUACAUGAUUACCUCAUCAGAGAAGGUAAUGGAGGAGUUUGACCUCAGGAAGUACAACACAUCAAGAGAGGGUCAGACAAGACUUAUUCAUGUCGUGGAACGCUGCAUUAGUGCCAAGCUAGCAGGUUGCUCAUUGACAAAGGAAUGCUGUAAGACCCUGGCACAGUCUCUUCAGUCGAGCGGCUCGUGUCUGAGAGAGUUGGACCUCAGCCACAAUGAUUUAGGGAAACCUGCAGUGGAAGCUCUGGCAGAUGGACUGCGAAGCUCCAACUGCAAACUCACCUGUCUUGACAUCAGCUUUAAUGACCUGGGAAAGGCAAAACCGAUGGACCUGCUGGGUGCCAUUUUGUUGGGACCCCACACACAACCACAUACUCUGAGACUCAGUGGAUGUGAAUUGAAACAGGACAUCUGUGACAUACUGGCUGAGGCCAUGGAGAUGCCGUCAUCCCAACUGAAGAAUCUUGACUUGAGUUACAACCCCUUGACAGAUGCUGGAGUAGAGACAAUUCUUCAGGCACUUUUAAGCAAACAGUGUGAGCUGGAAACACUGAGGUUGUGUGCCUGUUACAUCACUGAAGCAUCCUGUGUGACGUUGGCCAAGGUCCUUCAGCAGUCGAGUCUCAAGGAUCUGGACCUGAGUGGCAAUCUGUUAAGAGAUGAAGGAGUUAAGCUGGUCUGCACUGGACUAAUGAGUCCCCACUGUCGGUUAAACACACUGGGAUUGAAAGAGUGCAACCUCUACAAGAGUUCCUGUGCAGCUUUGGCUCCUGUCUUGUGGUCUUUUUCGGAGUUGAGAGACCUAGACCUGUCCGACAACGACUUACCAACCGCAGGAGUAAGACUACUUGCGGCCGGAUUGAGGAAUCCCAACUGCUUCCUUCAUGUCCUCAGGAUGUCUGGUUGCCAGAUCACAGAGAGAGGCUGUGCUUUGCUUGCCUCCGCUCUCAUCAGAAAUCCCCAUCAUCUUGAAGAGCUGGAUCUCAGCUACAAUCACCCCGGAGAGUCAGGAAUACAGCUGCUGUCUGCCAGACUGGAAGAUCCACACUGCCAUCUACAGAAGCUGAACAUGGAGCAUGUUGGGGAGAGGCACCUAAAAUGGGGGCUGAAAAAAUAUGCUGUUGACCUCACAUGUCAUCAGAGGAAUGGAGUGGAUCUUUCUGAAGACGGAAAGAAAGCCACAAGAAGUAGACGUAUGGACAUGUUUUAUGGGCCAUUUGAUACAAGAUGGAUGCCAAGUGGUAAAAUGUUGAGAGAGAGGCAAGACUCACAGCUCCAGGUGGAGUGUGUUCAACGUCUAUCAGGGAGACGCUUCUACUGGGAAGUGGAUUGGACUGGUGUGGUUUCCAUUGGUGUGAAACACAAUUCUCAAAUACUCUGUAUGAGAUGUUGCAAGGAUGCCUACAGGGACACAUUCAGUACAAACAGGGCGUCAUGUUCUUUUAAAGAUUUUCAGCGGAUUGGUGUGUUCCUUGAUUGGCCAGCGGGCACUUUGUCUUUCUACAAUCUCACUCUGAUGGUUUCCAUGCACACGAUUCACACCACAUUUAGCUCACCGGUCACGCCUUUCUUCGGUUUUGAAAAACCAUUUCCUUAUGCUGUCAUUAGUUCAAUCAAUAUUCGCACAUUUUGAAAUCAGUAAAUGAGGUAAUAGGACAGAAAGCACAGCAAAAAAACAUUGUACACUUGUGUUAUUCAUCUUAUAUCAAGAUUAAAAAAAAUUGGUAACACUUUACAUUACAGAUCAGUAAUAAGUGGGUAAUGUUAUGGUAAUAUAUAUGCAAUUUCAUGGUAAUAAUAUUUUUAAACCACAUAUUACAAAUAAUUAAUGUGUAAUUUCUAGACAAUUACUGUGAAAUUACCAUACGACAACGAUGCAAAUAACUUGGAUUUAAGGGUAAAAUAGAAUGGUAAUAACUGCUGUAAAUAUGUACUUACCGAAGCAAUAAAUAUUUAGGAUUUACUUAUUGUGACAUAAUAUGUGACCUGUUGUCGGUUGUCAUGAUGAAAUAAAGGUGAAGGUGAAUUCA